UAACGUCAUAAACAUUAACAUAAUGUCAUAUGGAGACACGAUUAUCUCUACUCUCUAGUUAAAUGUGGUUGUGAAUUAAGGAGGAACGAGAUUUACAAAACUAAGGUUGAGACUUGAGUGUAGUUGUGGGAGUUGGGAGAGUGGUCGAAUGGGCUGUUAACACGUAUUUACAAGUCAGUUGGGUCCACGGUUUGGUCCGGUAAACCGCGGUCUAGACCAGACCAGACCAAGAGAUCAAAACAUAAACUAGUACAGACCAUGGACCAGACCAAACCAUACUUAACGAUCUACAGUCCGGACCAAACUGUACGGUACGAUUUGGACCACGAUUUUUCUAACGGUCUGAUCUAUUUUCCUAACCCUACCUCAAUUACCUCAAAUCUCUAGACUCUAGAGAAUGAUUACAUUAUUUUAACAAAAUUACAUUUAUUAUCAAAUUAUACGCGCUAAACCAACAAACGAGCCCAAAACGAGGAAAAGGAUGGUUCUGCACUAAAGAUAGGCCCAUUCUGCAGGCCCGCAUCACAUUUGAUAGCCACGUGGGCGAGUUUACCAUUACGCACGCCCACAGCCGUCAAACGAAAAAUCGUCAUAUUCAUUAUUCACCGUUCCCGGAUCCACCGGGAUAUCACUCCACUCUGUUUCUCCGGCCACCGCGGCCUUUCCCUCUUCAAUCCGAAUCUCUGAUUCUUCCACCUUUUUUCCACUUCUCUGAUUCCCUCCGUUUAUUCGUGUUUCUGGGUUUCUCAAUUCGGCCGUGAAUUUCCCCCCUUCUUUCUUUCCUUCUUCAACAUGACUGAUUGGCAAACAUUACUGCAAUCCAUCUUACUGGCCCUCAUCUUCUCUUACCUCGUCGCGAAGCUCAUCUCCAUCGUGGUCUCCUUCAGAGAUGACAACCUCACGAUUACGCGCAAUCCCUCCCCGGCGGAAUCCAGUCGACAGUACCAGCAACUGAAAUCCCGCGAUGAAAUUCGUGGCUCUAGGGGUUUUCCCGGCGGUGUUAACGAGACCGAUUCGGUCGCUGCCGAGCUGGGUAGCGUCAGGAACGAGAGCGUGGCCGGAAUUGGUGACGACGACAGCGUGGAUACCGAUGACGACGACGAUUGGGAAGGCGUGGAGAGCACCGAGUUGGACGAGACGUUCAGUGCGGCGACGGCAUUUGUUGCGGCGGCUGCUUCUGACCGGCUGUCGCAGAAGGUGCCGGCGGAUGUUCAGUUGCAGCUUUAUGGGCUGUAUAAGAUCGCCACCGAAGGACCUUGCACUGUUCCGCCUCCUUCUGCUCUCAAGAUGACGGCUCGCGCUAAGUGGGGAGCGUGGCAGAAAUUGGGUUCUAUGCCACCAGAAGAGGCGAUGGAAAAAUACAUUGAGAUUGUUUCACAGCUUUAUCCUACUUGGGAUGCUGGUUCAUCUGGGAAAACUAGGGCCAGAGAUCGAGAUGGACGGAGUUCUGAUUCCAAAGGACCCAUGGGACCAGUUUUCAGUACCUUCGUUUAUGAGGAGGAGUCUGGGAAUGAGUUAAAAAUGGAUGCUGUCCACGCAUUUGCCAGAGAAGGAGAUGCAGAUAGUUUGUUGAAAUCUAUUGACCAUGACGUUUCUGUCAACUUGAAAGAUAGUGAAGGGCGGACUCCUCUGCAUUGGGCUGUGGAUCGUGGUCACCUGAAUAUCGUGGAACUCCUCGUUGGACGAAAUGCUGAUAUAAAUGCAAAGGACAACGAAGGGCAAACUGCACUGCAUUACGCUGUUGUCUGCGAGAGGGAAGGUAUCGCUGAAUUUCUAGUGAAGCGAGAUGCCAACGUAGAUGUAAAGGAUAACGACGGCAAGUAUGCCAGGGAUUUAUGUGAGUUGAAUUGGUCUUGUCUCCAGACAGCAGGAGCACAAAAGAACGACUAACUAAUGGUAGUUUUAUAGCUAAUCUUUAGUUAUGCAUAUAGAUAGCCUUCGAAACUUUAGCCUAUGUCAGUGUUGGGAUUUUGAAGGGUUAGAAUGGAAAUGAAAUGGGAAAGAUCCAAGAGAAUUUUUUGAAGUACCAUAUUGAUAAGUCGUGGCUGCGAAUCCUGUCGAUUUGAUGUAAUAUGUUGGUAGUCAGUAAUAUUGGUUUGUGUAGCCAACCAAAUCAAAUCAAACUGAGUUGAACUGAAUCGAAUCGAACUGAAUCGAAUCGAACCGAUAUGGCGGUUGGAAUAACCAAAUCGGUCCAAA